GCUAAAUUCACGACACAUAUCGAUCUAAUUCUAUACUAUUCACUUUCUCUAUUUCAUCAUCAUCAUGAAUAUUCUCAAAGUGAUGACGUUUAUGUUUGUGGUGAGUGCGGUGUUGCAGGUUGCUUACGGACAACACCAUAUCCGAUGCAUUCCAAAAGAGAGGGAAGCACUCCUUCAAUUCAAGGCUGCCAUUGUCGAUCACAACGGCAUGCUCUCCUCUUGGACCACUCCCGACUGUUGCCAAUGGGAGGGGAUUCGCUGCAGUAACCUCACCGUCCAUAUUAUAAGCCUUGACCUUCAUGGAGAAGUUCAUUAUUAUGAAUCUCUUUCUCUUGGCAGUUAUUAUGAAGUCUCACGGCGUUACAUCAGCGGAGAGAUCCACAAGACGUUAAUGGAGUUGCGACAAUUACAGUAUUUAAACCUCAGUUUCAAUGACUUUCGAGACACUAAUGUUCCAGAGUUUCUUGGCUCUCUUACCAACUUGAGAUAUCUUGAUCUCUCUUCAUGUCAUUUUAGCGGACAAAUUCCAACUCAGAUAAGUUUUCUUUCUCAUUUGAAAUAUUUGAAUCUAUCAAGAAAUUACUAUUUGAAUGGUUCAAUCCCUCGUGAACUUGGAAAUCUCUCUCGAUUGCAGUAUCUUGAUCUCAGUAGCAAUUAUUUUGAGGGAAGUGUGCCAUCUCAGAUAGGAAAUCUCUCUCGGUUGGAGUAUCUUGAUCUCAGUGGAAAUUCUUUUGAAGGAUACAUUCCUUCCCAACUAGGAAACCUUUCAAAUUUGCAUACACUCUAUCUUGGAGGAAGAUAUUAUAGUGCUCUCAAAAUUGGCGCUACUGAUCAAUGGUUAUCUAAUCUUAAUUCUUUAACCCAUCUUUACUUGGAUUCCAUCUCUAAUUUUAACAGUUCUCCUAGCUGCCUUCGAACCAUUGCCAAGCUACCAAAACUAAGAGAACUCAGUUUAAUUCAUUGUGGCCUUUCCGAUCAUUUCCUCCUUUCAUUCAACCCUUCCAACUUCAAUUUUUCUACUUCCCUUUCUGUCCUUGACCUUUCUAGUAACUCCUUCACACAACCAAUGCUAUUCCAGUGGGUGUCAAACACCACUUCCAACCUUGUUGAGCUUGACCUUAGUUGGAAUCUCUUGGAGGGUUCCACAUCAAAUCAUUUUGGCUUGGCCAUGAAUUCGCUUGAGCACCUUGACCUCUCCUAUAAUGUGUUCAAGGGUGAAGAUUUGAAAUCAUUCAUCAAUAUAUGCACCCUACGUUCAUUAUACAUGUAUGAAAAUAAUAUGACCGAAGACCUUUCGUCAAUUCUUCAUAAUUUGUCUAGUGGUUGUGUUAUAUAUUCAUUACAAAAAUUGAGUUUGGCAUUCAAUCAAAUCAGAGGCAUCGUACCUGACCUUUCAGUGUUCUCAUCUUUAAAGAUAUUGGAUCUUUCUGACAAUCAAUUGAGUGGGAAGAUACCUGAAGGCACUAGAUUGCCAUCUCAUUUGGAGCAGUUGUCAAUUAUAUCUAACUCUUUAGAAGGUGGUGUUCCAAAAUCAUUUGGGAGCACAUGUACUUUGGAGUUAUUGGAUUUGUCUUAUAAUAAAUUGAGUGAAGAUCUUACGAUCAUAUUUAAUCAUUUGUCUGGAUGUUCUAAAUACUCACUACAAGAGUUGAGUUUGAAAAACAAUCAAAUCAGAGGCUCCAUACCUGACCUUUCAGCAUUUUCAAAUUUAAAAACGUUGGAUCUUUCUCACAAUAAUUUGAGUGCGAAGAUACCUGAAGGCACUAGAUUGCCAUCUCAUUUGGAGCAAUUAUCAAUUCGGUUGAACUCUUUAGAAGGUGGUGUUCCAAAAUCAUUUGGGAGUACAUGUACUUUGGAGUUAUUGGAUCUGUCUGAUAAUAAGUUGAGUGAAGAUCUUACGGUCAUAUUUAAUCAUUUGUCUGGAUGUUCUAGAUACUCACUACAAGAGUUGAGUUUGUCAUCUAAUCAAAUCAGAGGCUCCAUACCUGAUCUUUCAGCUUUUUCAAAUUUAAAAAGGUUGGAUCUUUUUGGCAAUCAAUUGAGUGGGAAGAUACCUGAAGGCACUAGAUUACCAUCUCAUUUGGAGCAGUUGUCAGUUAUGUUUAACUCUUUAGAAGGUGGUGUUCCAAAAUCAUUUGGGAGCACAUGUACUUUGGAGUUAUUGGAUUUGUCUGAUAAUAAGUUGAGUGAAGAACUUACGGUCAUAUUUAAUCAUUUGUCUGGAUGUUCUAGAUACUCAUUGCAACAAUUAGAUCUGAGUAUGAAUCAAAUUAGUGGUACUUUGCCUAGCAACCUCGCCACAAUGUUCCCAUCAUUAAAAGAAUUGUACCUUGAUACUAACAAGCUAAAUGGGACGAUUUCUGAAGAUCUUCGAUUUCCAGCAGAACUUGAGGUAUUAUACUUGACGUCAAACUCUUUGAAAGGUGUGUUAACUGAUUCUCAUUUUUAUAAUAUGACAAAAUUAAAGACAUUGGCGUUGUCAAAUAACUCACUAGCAUUAGAAAUUAGUCAAAAUUGGACUUCAACGUUUCAAUUGAAAUUUAUUGAAUUGAGGUCUUGCAAGCUUGGUCCAUUGUUUCCCAAAUGGCUAGAGAAACAAAACGAAUUUCACAUCCUUGACAUUUCAAAUAGUGGAAUAUCAGAUAAGGUUCCAAAAUGGUUUUGGACUAAAUUUGGAUUGUCAAAUUGGAUGACUAUUGAUAUUUCAUGCAAUAAUUUACAAGGUACGAUUCCAAAUUUGCCAAUACAGAAUCAUUAUUCUUCUCUUAAUCUUGCAUCAAAUCAAUUUGAGGGUCAUGUUCCACAAUUUUUCCGAGACUCAAUAGAUCUUGAUCUGUCAAACAAUAAAUUCACAAAUUCUUCUUGGUUUUUAUGUUCUAGUGGUGUAGUUGAAACUUUAUACCGAUUAGACCUUUCAAAUAAUAUGUUUUCUGGACAAAUUCCAGACUGUUGGACCCAUUUUAAGUCAUUGGCUUACUUAAAUAUGAGUCAGAACAAGUUUUCAGGAGAGAUUCCUUCUUCAAUGGGAUCACUCCUUGAACUUCAAGUUUUGUUAUUGAGAAGCAAUAAAUUAACUGGUGAAAUCCCUUCCAUCCUGAUGAAUUGCACACAGUUGGUGAUGGUAGACAUAGCAGAAAAUAGAUUAUCAGGAUCUAUCCCAAAUUGGAUCGGGAACGAAUUAUCGCAGUUGCAAUUUUUAAGCUUAAGAAGCAACUAUUUUCGUGGGAGUUUACCGUUACAAAUUUGUUAUCUAAAAAGCAUUCAACUCUUAGAUCUCUCUCAAAACAACCUAUCUGGAGAAAUUCCUACAUGCAUAAAAAACUUUUCCUCAAUGGCUCAAAUGACUUCUUCGAGAGAUUAUCAACGUCAUUAUUAUUUGAAUGCAAUCUUGAUGUGGAAAGGUUCAGAACAAAUGUUCACAGACAUGGGAUUAUCACUUUUAAAAAGCAUUGAUCUCUCCAGCAAUGAAUUAUUAGGAGAAAUUCCAAAAGAAAUAGAGUGUUUAUUUGGAUUGGUGUCAUUGAAUUUAUCAAGAAACCGAUUGAAAGGGGGAAUUCCUUCAAAUGUUGGAAAGUUAACAUCACUUGAAUUUCUUGAUUUGUCACAAAACCAACUUGUUGGUUCUAUUCCUUCAAGUCUUGCUCAAAUUGAUCGACUCACUGUGUUAGAUUUGUCACAUAAUUAUUUAUCUGGAAAAAUUCCAACUGGCACACAAUUACAGAGUUUCGAUGCAUCCAAAUAUGAAGAUAAUCUUGAUCUCUGUGGACCACCAUUAAAGAAAUUGUGCAUUGAUGGAAGGAUGACAAUUUGA